CUAGAGAUAAAUUUUUUUAAAAAAUGUGUCACAUUAAUUAAAAUAAAGGGAUAAUUUUUAUAAAAAUUGUAUUUAGGGGUGACAAUUGGGCGGGUUGGGUCAAGUUUGGGUGGGUCAUAAUGGGUUAAGACAACAAUUGAGUCAAGACCCAACCCAAUCCAACCCAACCCAAAUUUGUUUGGGUUAAAACGAUUUGGGUCAAAAUGAGUUAGGUAAUGGGUUAUAUAACAGUCAAGACCAACCCAAUCCAAUUUUUACUAAGCUUAAUUAUUUUAUUUGUUCUUUUAAACUAUUUUAGUACCUAAUAAAAUUAUUUUUCUUUAUUAUGGCUAUAUAUGACAUAUCAAACUGAAAAAAAGAGAUUUUAAAAAUAUUUUAACAAGAUUCUCAUAAGCCAAUUCGGGUUACUUAUCAACCCAAUUUUUAAUGGGUUGGGUUGCAAUGGGUUGAACUAAUGAAUGGGCGGGUCAAUAAUCAAUCCAAACUUAAACGGCUUGGGUAGGUUCAGUGGGUUGGGUUUGAUUUUGCCAUCCCUAAUUGUAUCACAUCAUGAAAGAAGGAAUAUAAAGUAGGUAAAGGAAUACUAAUAAAAGAAUAGUAGUAAUAGCAAAGUAAAGUAAUAUCAAAUGUGAGAACAAAUAGCUAGUAAAGUAAUUCUUCUGCCAUCUCAAAUUAUCUAUCGUGUAUCUCUUUUAUACGUCACUUGAGAAAAUAAUACUAAUUAGGAAGGAUUUUGAUUAUAUUACCCUUAUUUAUGUUUUGAGAAUAUAAUCUCUCUUCAUUAACAUUUACUCUAUUUAUGUGUCAUCACUCCAUAAUUGAACUUCAAGAACAAUUAUUACUAAGGAUAAAAUGAAAAAAAUAUAAUUAAUUUUAUCUUGAACUUUCAAAAUAAUAAACAAUUUGAGAGAACUAAUUUUGAAAAUCAAGACAUAAUUGGUGUUACCAAAGUACUUAGAGUGCAAGUUCAGUGAGACACCUCAGGAGGUUGGCGUGAAAGUUAGGCUUGGUGCCCAGGCCAUCCAAAAGAAAAGUAGUUUCAAGUAUCUUGGGUCUAUCAUACAAGGCAGCGGGGAGAUUGACGAUGAUGUCACACAUCGUAUUGGGGCAGGGUGGAUGAAAUGGAGGCUCGCUUCCAGAGUGCUAUGUGACAAGAAGGUGCCACCACAACUUAAGGGCAAGUUCUACAAAGUGGUGGUUAGACCGGCUAUGUUGUAUGGGGCGGAGUGUUGGCCAGUUAAGAUCUCUCACGUUCAAAAGAUGAAAGUUACCGAGAUGAGAAUGUUGAAAUGGAUGUGUGGGCACACCAGGAGCGACAAGAUUAGAAAUAAUGCUAUUCGGGAUAAGGUGGGAGCAGGGGCGGAUCUAGCAUGUAAUUAGGGGGUUCAUCCGAACCCCCUUCGGCGAAAAAUUAUACUAUUUAUACAUGGUUAAAAUAUUUUUUUAUGUAUAAAUAGUAGAUGUCGAACCCCCUUCGGCUAGUUCGUGUGUCUACUUUUUCAGAUUUUGAACCCCCUUAUUAAAAAUCCUGGGUCCGCCACUGGGUGGGAGUGACCUCGGUGGAAGACAAGAUGCGGGAAAUGCGACUGAAAUGGUUUGGGCAUGUGAAGAGGAGAGACACAGAUGCCCCAGUGCGGAGGUGUGAGAGGUUGACCAUGGAUGGUUUCAGAAUAGGUAGGGGUAAGACGAAAAAAUAUUGGGGAGAGGUGAUUAAACAGGACAUGGAGCAAUUACAGCUUACGGAGGACAUGACCUUAGAUAUGAGGGUGUGGAGGAUCCACAUUAGGGUAGAAGACUAGUACAUAGUCUCGUUAUUCUUCCUUAUUAGUAAGCGCAUUACAAUUUUUUGUGCGCUGAUUUCUGUUAUUAUCUAUUACUGUCUAUAUUUUGAUUACUCUAUUUUAUCUGUGUCGCUUUCGUUAUUUGCUUUUCCAUAACGCUUUGCAUUUCUUAGCCUUAUCUGACCUCUUUUUAUGCUUUUAUUGAGCCGAGGGUCUUUCAGAAACAUCCGUCCUACCUUGGUAGGAGUAAGGUCUGCGUACACUUUACCCUCUCUAGACCCCACGUUGUGGGAUUUCACUGGGUUGUUGUUGUUGUUGUACUGCAUCGGUCACAAUUUUAUUUCAGGAAAAAGAGUUAUCUAUUUAUCGGAAUUAAGAAAGAGGAAAAAACACAAAAACCAAAUUGUUCCACAGUGAAUAGCUUGAAAGCGAGGGUUUCAAAUCCAUUUGGACACAAAAUCAUGCCUUCUUCCGGCUUUGGAAGUAAUCUGAUAAAUCCUCCAACGACGAAGAAACAGGGGAGUGGCUGUAGUUGAAGAAACCCUAGAUGACCAUAUCAGCUGUCCUGCUUUGGAACCUAUGGAAUUAAAUCAUGUUGGGGGUUUUCGUCGCCUGGACGUUAGGUCUUCAAAAUUGAAGAGAUUGAAGUUGGAAAAGUAUUUGUUCCCUUAUGAUGGAAGCGAUCAUACCUUGGAAUUUAUUGCCCGUAUCUUCAACAAUUGGAAAUUGCAGGAAGUUUUUAUGAUCUCAAGUGUUGGCUUGUAGAUGUGUCCUCAGUGGUUAAUGCCAAGAUUACUUUCAACGCUAUAUGUAUCAAAGACGUCUUCGCUAUGGCUGUUGAUGAGUUUGAUGAUGCGGAAGACAGUUGUCGUGACUAUCAUCAAGCUUUUAGGACCCUCGUCCAGGAUUAUCUUCAAAAGUUGAGUUGUGCAAUCGAGUUAACAAUAGGAACAUGGUUGACAGAGUCUUUACUAGGUUCAUUGAGAUCCCUGCACCAGGUCCUGUGCAUGUUGCAGUUCGAAAGAGUUCUGAUUCCAGAAUUGAAGUGCAAAUCUCUAACUCUGGAGUUGCAUAUUGAAAAGUUUAAUUUGUAUGGAGCAGCUGGCCUCUUGCGAGCCUCGCCUCAGGCAGAGUCGCUCAACAUAUACAUAUCAGCUAUUCAUCUUUAUCAUUCCUGUUGCCGCUUUGAGUUAUGAGAUUUGGAAAAAGGAGAUAAUAUUGAUUUGCAGAGUUGGAUUUCAAGCUUUGCAUUUCCCAACCUCAAGAAAGUAAAGAUUGUCGUCUCCUCCGGGAUGUGCUUGAAGGGCCAUAUCAAAUGGAUCUAUUUCAAGAAGCUUUUCAAACUUUGAAAAUUUCUGUUAAAGAAUGCAUCGGUUUUGGAGAAGUUCGUUAUUAAAUUAAGGAGAAGAAGGUGCGAGAUAUGUUCGAUGAGCUGUGUCCCAAUAUUUAUUUCAUUUGGCGGAGAACCUGUUAGAUUGCCCAAAAUCCUCCACCAAUUGUGUGAUUAUCUUUCAGGAGUGAACUUUUCCUCACUAGACUUCUAGUUGUUUCCUGUCUCUCAUGCAAGAUAUGUCGCCUUGUAUUGAGUUUUGGAUAUGCUUCUUAUGUAAUCAUGAAUCUUCAACUUCUCUAUGUAACUAGUUACUACCCUUUUGAACUUACCCUUAUGGCAUACUCAGUGUUAUGAUAGAUUGAUUUUUCAUGAAGCUGUUUG